AUGUAUCCAAACUCCAAUUCCUCUUCUGGAUCUCAAAGAGAUCCUAAUCACGCUAUCAAUGGCAGCAGCAACACCACCGGUGGAGGAGGAUUAGGUCUCGCUCGCUAUCGAUCUGCUCCUGUCUCCUUAACCACCACCGUAGACUCCGUCAUCGAUGCACAAGGACAAAAUACCGUCGGAAAUCACAUGGUUGCCGGAGGCGGUACACCAACUCGCUACUUCUCACCUACAGACACGACGUCGUCACAGCUCUCCUCCUCCGUCUCCACCAGAGAUCGGUUGCAAACGACGUCAUUCCGUUUAAACGAGUUCGCAUCCGCUUUUAAUGGUUUGAAAGGUAAUACUACGACUCAGACUACUCCAUCUCCGUUAUUCCGGCACGGCAGCUCUCCCGCCGGUUUUCUCAACACCCUCACCUCUUCUACCCCCACCGAUGGAAGGGGUUCGAGAUUAAGUUCUCAACUUAGCUUCACCGGAAACUCUUUUUCUCAAAUAUCUGAAGAAAGCGAUAUUGCCAAUUCCCUUAUGUUUUCCUCCUCGUCGUCACACAAUAAACGAACCAAGAUGGACAUGAAUGGUCUCAACAUCAUGGAGUCUGAGCUUAACUUCGGGUUAUCGGAAUCCGCUUUGGAGGCAGCCGCGAUGGAGAAGAUGAUGGACCUUCCUCAUGAUUCCGUCGCUUGUAAAAUCCGCGCCAAGCGUGGUUGUGCAACUCAUCCCCGGAGCAUUGCAGAAAGGGAGAGAAGAACAAGAAUAAGUGGGAAAUUAAAAAAGUUGCAAGAUCUUGUUCCAAAUAUGGACAAGCAAACGAGUUAUGCAGACAUGUUGGAUCUGGCAGUACAACACAUAAAAGGUCUCCAAACUCAUGUCCAGAAUCUUAACCAUGAACUCGAAAACUGUUCAUGUGGAUGCAAACCAAGAUGAACGAUGCGUGAUUACGAUACACUUUAAGGGAAGUCUUGUUCGGUAAUAUAUCAUGUCGACAUCGACAAUGAUAUGAGUUUCAUGGCAUGCAUGAAACGGAGUUGUUGUGUACAUCGAAAGCAAUAAAGUUGAUUUCAAGCUUUGGUUUAGUAUACUUAUUUCAUUGCAUUCUUCAGUUAACAAUGGGCUUUUGAUAUUCAUCUAAUUUUUGUUCAGGGAUAUUUAUGUAAUUAUAAUUUUGGUUGACGUUUUUUGUAAUUAUAGAAUACAGGUCUAAUUCUUAGGUAUCAGUUUACAUGUUGUGACCAGUAUUU